AUGCGAAAAUCUAGAGCUGUUUGGGACGUCGCAAUCGAGUUCUUCUCAGCUUCAAGAUACGGUUCUACAAGAGAAACCAAGAAGUUCCUCUUCAACCGAGAAUCGACUUGGCAGGACGCUGCAAGGGAAACGCUCCCAGUUCUAUUGCCACGGAAGAGGUUUGCCUUUGCAUCUGCGGAAACAAAAUCCACAUACAAUUAUGUAUGUGUCGCGCGUAGCGCUGGUGACUUCAACCAGGUAAAGAGUUCCAGAAGGAAGCUGCGUCGUCAACUGCAACAAGACCGCGAUAACGAGCGGACGUCAAGAGCGAUGGAGUUUGAGAAGGCGUGGGAGGACAGGAACUCGCGGAAAGCCUACGCUUUACUAAAACAGCAUAGCGGCAAAAUGAAAAGAUGUUUCCCUGUCCUCAACACUGCUAAUGAGGUAGCUGUCGGUGAAGCAACCCUUCCAAUUUGGAAGGCACACUUCAAGACCUUGCUGAACCGGCUAGUACCGUCAGCUCCUGAACUCGAACACUUUCAUAGACCGACAUAUGCGGUUAACGAGGAGCUACCGACCGAGUCGGAGGUCCUGGUCUGUAUUCAAAAAAUGAAGAAUGGAAAAUCUGUUGGAGACGACGGGAUUAGCGCAGAAAUGCUAAAAUAUCUUCCUCCGUCUGGGAUUCGUGAUAUGACAAAGAUCAUCCGUUCAAUAUGGAUGGACGAAAAGAUACCUGAUUCGUAG